GCUUUUACAUAAUUUGCAGAACCCUGUUCUUCAGAAUCAUUCUCCUUGUUCUUGUUUAACAGGACAGAAAGUUCCUACACUCUCUUCCUGACCCAGAACAUGGAGGAAAACUCCAGCAACGUGGAGAUGAAGCUGUCGUCUGAUAUAGACGAGGAGGUUGGGGGGAACAGAAAACUUCAAGAUGCUCGUCCAGCCUAUGUCAGCAAAUAUGGCCUGCGCAAUCCCAGGAACAUCUGCAUAGCUGCAUCAGCGAUUAUUCUCAUCAGCUUCCUGAUCGGGCUUUUGAUUGGCUCUAUCAAAAGCAUGUAUAAAAAGACAACUGAUGAUAAAGCAACCUCCUGCAAGAUGUAUCCACCUGGUCCCUCUGACGAUGAGCCGAUUCAGAUAGAAACGGUUCCCAGUCUUGACUGGAGCGACAUCACGAAGUUGCUGGAGGACAAACUGACCAUAAGCGGCAUUGAAAAGAGCAUCAGCGAAUUCUCCAGUGACAAUCAUCAAGCCGGAUCCGCAGGAGAUGAGAAACUUGCUAAUAAUGUAUUGACCAAAUUCAAUGAAUACGGCAUGGACCCCUGGAUUGACACCCACUUUGUUAAGACCCAGGAUCUCCCUAAAGGUGUCAAGAACAAAGUGACAUUUGGUGACAAGGAGUAUUUAGAAUCUGGCUAUCUGUCCUACAGCGCGCCUGGAACAGCACAGGGUGCGGUUUUGUACGCGUAUUACGGACAAGAAGAUGACUUGAGACAACUUCAAGACCUCGGGAAUGACCCGAAGGGAAGGGUCCUCUUGGUCCGUGCAGGAAAAAAUAGUUAUGCUGAGAAGGUCGCUAAUGCUGGCAAGGUGGGCGCGAGUGCAGUGCUGAUCUACCGUGACCCUGCUGAUUACAUGUUAAACCCGGACACUGCCUUAUUUGGCCAUGUCCAUCUUGGCUCUGGUGAUCCGUACACUCCAGGCUUCCCAUCUUUCAACCACACCCAGUUUCCUCCAGCUAAAUCCUCAGGCCUGCCCAGCAUACCUGCCCAGACCAUCAAAGCCAGCACAGCUGCCGCGAUCAUGAGGGAAAUGGAAGGUCGUGUUCCUCCUCGUGGAUGGGCUGAUGGUAGUCUGCAAGGCGUUGAGUACCGGCUUGGGAGUGUGAACGACACUGUCUUCGUGGAGGUGAAAAACGUUCUCACAGAGAUACAGAUCCAUAACGUGUUUGGAGUCAUCAAGGGUUUGGUUGAUCCAGAUCGUUAUUUGGUGAUUGGAGCUCAGAGAGAUGCCUGGGGUGCUGGAUUUGCUAAAUCUACUAUUGGCACUAGCUUGCUGCUCGAGUUAGCCAGAGCUAUAACCAGCAUGAUUCAUGAAGGUGGAUUCAAGCCCAGGAGGAGCAUCGUGUUUGCCAGUUGGAGUGCCGGAGAGUACGGGGCCGUGGGCGCCACCGAGUGGCUGGAGGGUUAUUUGCCUUCCUUGAGUAUGAAAGCCUUCUCCUACAUUAGCCUGGAUGGAAUUGUCACAGGUUCCACUUUUAAAGCAAGUGCAAGCCCUAUGAUGUAUGAUCUGAUCCAAAGUACUUUAAAAGAGGUAUCUUCACCCACUGAUUCCAGUGUGCGUUUAAUCUCACAAAUAUCUGGAACCAACUGGGAGACGUCCGUCAUGGAACCAAUGAGGAUGGACGACCCUGCCUAUCCGUUUAUGACCUUCUCCGGCAUCCCUUCAGUCUCUUUACGCUUCACUCAGGAUAAACCCUAUCCAUUUUUUGGCACCACGCUGGAUACCAGGGAGAAUCUGAAGAGUAGAGUGGCGAACCUUAUAGCUCAGAUCAAAGCAGCAGGAGAGGUGGCGGGUCUGAUGGCUCUUCGUCUGGUGCAUGACCAUCUGCUGAGACUAAACACAGAAAAGUAUCUCAACAUCAUGCGCAUAAGGGUGAACAAAAUCAACAAGGAAGUGAUAAGUCUGCAAAGUAAUGGUCGUCUUCCAAAGACCCUGAGGAUGAAUUGGUUUAUGUCAGCUUUAGGUUCCUAUGUCCGUGCCUCCAGAAGUCUCUUCACCCUCAUCCAGAACAGCGACCUUGAAGAUCUGGAGCAGUGUCGCAUCAUCAAUGACCGAAUCAUGGGGGUGGAGAGAAAUCUUCUGUCUCCCUACGUGUCCCCUCAGACCACCCCGUUCAGACACAUUUUGCUCGGCUCUGGAUCAUGCACUCUCCAGGAUGUGAUCACACAACUGGCUGCGAUCAGAGAAGGAUCAGUCAGUGCCAACACCGACGUGCUGAAAAAUCAGUUCGCUCUGGCCACCUGGACGAUCCAGAGCUGUGCCAACGCCCUCGCGGGCAACGUGUGGGACAUAAACAACAUGCUUUAAACUUCGCUCCGAUUAUAAAGAGCAGUUAGAUUAAACCUCGAGUCCCCUUGAAUAAUCGAUUGCACGGACAGGGCAGUAUUUUCUGUGUCUCACCUUUUAGUGCUUGCUUUCAAAUUUUUUUUUAAUCAUAUGAACAUAAAGUAAAAACGAAGCUUAUUCGAGCAAGCUUAUAGAAAUAAAUCUGCAUUUAUGAUGACCACUUGUACUCAUGUAAUAUGUAUGGUGUAAUUCUAUAUGUUUGAUUUACGGCUCUUUCUUGUUUCACGCGAGUGAUUUUUUUUUAAUUAUAUUUUUCCCUUUUUUUCUUUUUUGUGCCUUAAAUGAUCUGCAAAGCUUGAUGUUUCUUUUCCAAUUCCCUUUUUUUUUGGAUAUUAAAUAUUUUACAAUCUUUUCAAACACUCCAAAUAACUGAUCAUUCAAGCUGGAAUAUAAUUUUUUGCGAAAGUACAGUCAAACCACACAUCCUAAUGCUUUCUGUUUCAGCUGAAUCUAAAAAUAACGUUAUUUAGCAGAUUUUUCUUUAGACGACAUAAAUUGUAGUUGCUUACACUGCAGCACUUUUGUAUUGUUACAGUAUCCUGUUUGUCUUCAGCAGUGUGACUGUUUAA